UUAUUCAUGUCGACCACCACUCACGUCCACCUUAAUCAACAACACUCUCACUCAUAUCGCGGUUCAUCGUUCAUGUCGGCCUUGACCAUCAACUACCUUCAUUGCCUUCCGUCAUGAGCAGUCUCCUUCCUUGGUCAACCACCUUCUUUGUUCAUCAACUCCUUUGGUCACACCCUCUUGUAUCAUGCCGAUACCCCUUCUUGCCGGUCCGACUCGACAACCACCACCAUCUCUCCCUACGAACCGAACAGUGGAAAGCACUGGGCACCGGACAUGGCACCGGGCCAUGGACGCUCUCCAUCUGCGGAUGGUCCAGCGUUGAGCUCGAUCGGAUACAACGUCAUGGAUACUGGUACAGGGUGUGGUUCGAGGCCACAGGGCCCCUUGCGCUUACACAUGAACAUGGCUAUGGUUGGCCAGAAGACGGAGGGAAUGAGCGGUUCGCCACUAGCCUUACCAAACAUGUAUACCCGGUUCUGUGGCGGCUUCGGCUCAGGUCAAUAUAACUUGGUGUAGUGUAUGGGCUCGGUUGGCGCAAUUGUCGAAGGGCAUUCUCAGCUCAUGUUGC